AUGCUUCCCUGAGGCAGUUGCUUAAUAAAAUGGUGGCUUAUGCGUAGCAUCCUUAUCAUCCGUCAGCCGUGUAGACCUUCAAAGCCGGCACGUUUCAUGUGGUGAUCUUGCGUACGUCAUGGCCCGGUACGACCCCAAAGAGAGGUUCAGGUAUCUCAAGGAGCUGGUGAACGAGUUCCACACCAGCUGCUCCAGCGAGGCGAAAGAGCAAGUUCUCGCCAAUUUGGCUAAUUUUGCCUACGACCCAGUAAACUACGACCAUUUCAAGCGCCUGAACAUUCUCAGCCUAUUUAUGGAUCAGUUGGACAGUGCCAACGAUAACCUGAGGGAGUUUGCCAUUGGUGGGAUUUGCAACCUUUCCUCAGACCAGGACUUCCGUGCUGAGGUGCUGAAACCCGAGAACCUCAGCAAAUUAAUCAGCUGCCUAUCAACGUCGCAGGAAGAGACAGUGUUGUCUACGAUAACAACACUUAUCUCUCUGGGGCUUUCUGGUUGCCAGACAGCAUGGCUUUGCACAUAUGUUGAACUUGGCAACCUGCAAGACAGGUUGUUUGAGUGGAAUACCAGUGAAGGAGCAAGAAAUUCUCAAGACUGCAAUAAAAGAGAAGUGGGGGAAGCCAAGGGUCCCGAUUUCUGUUGGUCACAACCAUAUGAAGCCAACAGAUAUCACAACAGCAUCUGUGAUCGACUGCAUGGUGCGGUAUUCGGAAUCUCCGAACACAAGGCUCAGCAACCUUGCCAAGCUCUUCCUUGAAGAUAUUUGCAGUCCUGAACAAGUCAGCAGUGUCGCAAAUGCUGCUGCUGCUACAGCUGUUCCAUAGAGUAAAAUGGGCCUAAUGUGCCUAUAAAUUGCAUGGAGCAUACCAUGUUUGUACAAAUAUUUCCGUGGCGGAGCCUCUUUAUUACUUUGAAGGGGCUGUUGCAGUUUUAAAGGGAUACGAACACAAAGUCUGAAAAUUUUAAGAAAAUGCUGAAAAUGAAUCCUCAGUGUGUGAUUACACCGAAAAGAAGUCACUUAGGUCAUUUUUGAGCCGAUGGCUUUAUUUUUGGCGUUGUGAGCGCGCACCUCGCUGCCUGACCCCCGGGAGUUGGAAGGCGUGACGUCACGACACCCUCGUCGGUAGCCAGCCGGCCGGCCGCGGUCGUUUGAAGCGCGCCGACGCCGCCAUCGCGAGCAUGGAUUCUAGUUCUGGUGCCUCUACCAGCGAUAAGUACACGUCUGAAGACGACCAUUCCAAUUUGGCAAGAAAUAUUACUGCUUACGAUUAUGAGCCUUCCGCGUCAAGCGAUGAGGAAGAGCAGGCUGUCGUGGAAGUGCCAGUCAGGUUUUCGCGAACCGUAGCGCGAAGAUUUCGCUCUGCACCAGACACUUGCGCAAGAAUUAUUUGUUAUUUCCUCUGUAAACUUGCUUCUUCAAGAGCGCACGCAGGCGAGGCAGCUGCAGGGUACUUCAGCCCUGUGUGGAUGACUGUUUAUGCUGUAGGCAUGAGCAUUUGCUGUGAGGUAUCAGUACCUCCGAGACUGUCGCAACCACUUAGCCAGCCGCCCGACAGAUGACAGCACCUGUCUGGCGUUCUCCCCAGUUUUUCCGCUUUUAUCUUUUGGAGAAGUAAAGCUGUGUGUGUGUCUGCCCCGCUGCCAUGUAGGACUGAUCUCGUGAGUCGCGCUCGCGCGCCAGCCUUGUUUUAGUAUGCUUUGCCAGCAUUUUUAAAGACAUCAGUGCCGUCAUGCCCAGCCAUGGGCAUCUCGCCCCAGCCUCGUCCUCGCACUGCUCAAGAAGGCUGCAAGUGAACGAAAACAGUGCCGACAUCUUUUCGCCUCCUCUUUUCAAACGCGCCGCUGAUCAUUUCUGUGUUGCGUUUUUGUGAGAAGACCGAUGGCGCAGUGUCGGGCUUUAGGCGUUGCCUUUUGAGCGGCAUGCCGAGGCUUUUCAGCACAGCCGGGCUGGUCACAUAAUCAUCGUCGACGAAGUGGUCCGUGCAAAUGAAGUCAUUUUUUAGAGGUCUCCAGGCUGGGUGUGAUGGCUGACAGGCAGGUAUCCAAAGUUUACGCACCUUCUCGUCGCUGGGAAAGGCGUGCGACGGCGUGUCACGACCGACGAUGCUAUUAUAACAGCAAUGUCUGGCCAUUUCCUUCCGCCGCGACGAACUCGUCAAUACCGAGCGACUACCGCGGGAAGGCUCAUGUAAGACGCACCACCUGCGUGGAGUGCCAACGGGGAUAAUGUUCCAGGCGGACCACGUGCAAAGAUCGCCGAAAUGGGUUAAACAAAUGCUGCAAGGGACCGACACCCCCGGAAACACUGCGACGGGGCUGUGGCCGACCUUGGCCGGGUGCGCGCGCGCGCGGGGGUGUUAUGACGUCAAAUUUCAGCUUCUACCAGCAGCCGCUUGGAGGCAAGGUGCAACAGAAAAUCGCAAAAAAAAAAGAUGUUUCUCGUUCUUUUUUUUGAAAGCCGCUUAUUGUAUUAGUCAUUUUCAACAGUUCAACUUUUUUUCCGACACAAAAAACCACCCACCAACUUUUGUGUCCGUAUGCCUUUAAGCAUAACAUGAAUCAUAGCCAGAACAGGCAUAAAAUGUGUACCUUAUGAGCCCAUUGUAUUUACUGAAGUCAUUUCUAACCAUGAUGCUUGUCAUUGUAAACUGGGUCUUAACAGUAGAAGAGUGUGUACAUUGUUGUUUUAUUUUGUUUCCACACUGUGGUUACAUGGAUGUAUUGAAUAAAGUGAUGAAGUUAUGAUAAAAA